UCGAUCGUCCUUUUAUAAACAAACUCCACCAUAACUGAUCGAUCGAUCAUCAGCAAUUAAUGGCUUUGAGGAAGAAGAUGAUCGUGCUUGUGCUUCUGCUGCUGGCGGCGGCAGCAUGCACCAUAGCAGGGGCGUCGAAGACGAAGAAGUCUGAGAAGGUGUGCGACAAGGGGUGGGAGUGCAAGGGCAGCGUCUAUUGCUGCAAUCAGACCAUCUCUGACUUCUUCCAGGUCUACCAGUUCGAGAACCUCUUCAGCAAGCGCAACACCCCCAUCGCCCACGCCGUCGGCUUCUGGGACUACCAGGCCUUCAUCACCGCCUCCGCCGAUUACCAGCCCCUCGGCUUCGGCACCACCGGCGGAAAACAAACCCAGAUGCAGGAGGUCGCCGCCUUCCUCGGCCACGUCGGCAGCAAAACCUCAUGUGGAUAUGGCGUUGCGACCGGCGGUCCUCUGGCGUGGGGCUUGUGCUACAACAAAGAGUUGAGCCCGAGCCAGUCCUACUGCGACGACACCAACGUCGACUAUCCAUGCACGCCCGGCGUCGACUACUACGGCCGCGGUGCUCUGCCGCUUUACUGGAACUACAACUACGGAUCCAUUGGGGACGGCAUCAAGGCCGACCUCCUCAACCACCCGGAAAACCUGGAGCAGAACGCCACCAUAGCCUUCCAAGCCGCCAUCUACCGGUGGAUGACGCCGAUGAAGAAGAAGCAGCCGUCGGCGCACGACGUGUUCGUCGGAAAGUGGAAGCCGACCAAGAACGAUACGCUGGCGAAGAGGCUGCCGGGCUUCGGAGCCACAAUGAACGUGCUCUAUGGCGACGUGAUCUGCGGCCAGGGCUACAUCGACAGCAUGAACAACAUCGUCUCGCACUACCAGUAUUACCUCGACCUGAUGGGCGUCGGCCGCGACAUCUCCGGCGAUAACUUGGACUGCGCCGAGCAGGCGGCGUUCAACCCAUCGUAUAAGCCGUCGUUGACGUCGUCCAGCGCAUGAUGCAUGAUUUGAUGGGUUGGCGUUGCUACUAUCGUUGUGAUUUAAUUGCUGGCAGCUGUGAGUAUUGCGGCUAGUAUGGUUAAAGGUUUAUUUGCAUUUGCGAUUAAAAAUGUUUAUAAAUUAUGCAUUUAAAAAUGAAAUUAUUAUAAAA